UCGACCGCCGAAGCUGUCUCUUCCAGCGACGGCCGUAAAAUCGCAAAGAGGAGUAGCACAUCCUCUGAAAAAACAUUUCAGGUGUUGCAAUUGAACGAUGAAACCCUAGCAAUUGAGUUGAGGUGAAGUGAAGUGACGAAAAUUCAUCGAAUAAAUCAAACCCCGAGAAGUCGUGAGAAUGGAUGAUCAGUUGGAGAUUCAGCGGGAGUCGUUGGACGCGGUGGGAAGUCUGUCGCAUGUGCCGCCGCCGAUGAAGAAAUCGGACACUCGUGACAGCAUAUCAUCAGUGGACAGUGAUCUCAGCCUGUCCUUUGAUCGUCGCGGUUCCAAAGGGGAGGAGGCUGACCUGUCGGACUGCAACAGCGGAACUGACGACAACGAGAGGCUCUCGGACUCUCAAACCCAGUGUGAUAAUAGCGUUAAUAAUCUCAAGGACACGGCAGACACCGCACCACCUGAGGCGCCAGGUGAGGAGCCGCAGGUCGCCGAAGACCCCCAGCAGGAGAUCAUAACGGUCAGCGACGAUUUGGCGGAGAAGAUAGCUGCGCAGGUGGAGUUCUACUUCUCCGACGACAACAUCGUCAAGGACGCAUUCCUCCUGAAGCACGUCAAGCGAAAUAAGGAGGGCUAUGUCUCCCUGAAGCUCAUAUCGAGCUUCAAAAGGGUGAAGCAUCUCAGCAGAGAUUGGCGGGUUGUUGGGGCGUCGCUCAGGGCCAAAUCGACAAAGUUGCAGGUGAAUGAACAGGGGACGAAGCUGCGGAGGCUCAAUCCCCUGCCCCAGUAUGAUCAGACACUGCCGUCGAGGACUGUUGUUGCUGCUAGACUUCCGGUUGAUAAAAUAACGAUUGAAUCGGUCGCUGAAUUGUUUGGCCAGUGCGGGGAAAUUGCACUCAUUAGAAUUCUCAAACCCGGACAUCCUGUACCAGCAGAGAUUCGUCAGGCCAUUGCCAAGAAAUCUGAGCUGGGAAGUGAUGAGGAAUGCGCGGUUAUUGAGUUCACGGAUUCGGCGGCGGCGAGGGCUGCGGUGGGGCUGUCUCUGGGGGAGGCGAAGAUGUUUGAACUGCAGACGUCCGCCGGCGAGAAGAAACGGAAGCAGGCGAUUCUCGUCAAGGAGGGACAGGGGCCGACGGUGAAGAAGAGCGGGGCCAGCAGAAUUGCGGCGAGACAGAAUGGAUAUAAUUCUUCUAGCUGUCCCAGUGGGUCCGACGAGGAGGUCCGCAGCUCCAGGGCCGCUAGGGGCGGCAGGAGGACCGAUUCCGGGGCCAAGAACGGGUUUACCGCCAGUGGACCACAACCCAUACCCUAUCAAGGUCCGCCAUCCCCGGAAGUCUGGCUUCCGCGUCGUUUCUCCGCGUGCGUGAUAGGAGCGACAGACCAGCUGGAGAGUGGCCUCCUCGUGCGCCGUCUCUCAGGGUCCAGCUCGGACACCACCAACUACUCCAACUACUCCCGGCGGUUCUCCACCUGCUCCUCUGGCUCCGACACAGGCUACACCUCCCCCGUCCUCCACAAUCCCCAUCAGAAUGCCCACAACAACCUCUACCCCCCGAUGAACUACUGGUCGAAUCAGUCGCGGAGGUACUCCUGCUGCGGCCCCAGCCAGUCACCGCCCUUCAACUACGGGAGUCCCAGUGGAUUCUACCAGACGACGAGGAGAGGCUCCACCGACUGCGGGCCCUUCCUCAGGAGACUCUCCACCUGCAGCAGGGACUCCGGCUACGAGGCCACCAGGAGGCUCUCCUCGUGUUCCUCGUCUUCCGAGUCCUGCGGGGGCUUCAGGUCCCGCAGCAACAGUGGCUUCGUCCUCAUGGCGCAUCUGCCCGAGAACGUGACGAGGAUGCCCUCAGGGCCCGAUGGCACCAGAGGCUUCGGGAGGAACAACAAUGGCGAGGGCAAUACCAGUGUUCAGACCUGCGGUUGAACUGCCAAUUUUCGUAUUAUUUUUAUUAAGGAUUUAGUUUAUAUUCGCUCAGUCAUCAAUCGUCAUUUUGGAGCGGGGGAGAGGGGAGGGUAGAACUCGGUGGAACCGUCAUUUGGAGGUGAGGUUUUGCUAAAUGUCUCAAAUGGGAGGGGAUUUAUUUUCUUUGUGCGAAAAAAAGUCGUGGACAUUUUACAUGACUUUUUCCGUGAUUUUUUUAAUUAAAAGAAAAGAUAAAUAGGGGAGGAUGGGGUAAAAUGGACACUG